AUGGCUCCUGGAGAAAAGCCGAGCGCUACUCCUGCGAAAAGGGCUGUCCACAAGAUCCGAACGGCCAGCCUGGUCUUCAGCGUCACGCGAGGCUGGCAGCAGCAGGCAGCUGACAACCACAUAAAACAAACCCAAGAGCCCUCUGGAUGGGUCCCCCCUGCAGAAGACUCUGAAGAGAGGGACCAAGGAAAAGAUGAAGGAAAAUCCUCAGCAAAGGAAUCAGUGACAAUAAGAGACCCUGAAAAAAAUGCAAGGGAAUCAGAUGAAGCCCUCAAAAAGUUCAGCAUUAAAAGCAAAGAGGUGACCAGAACAGUUGUAAGCAAAGCCUACGAAAGAGGAGGUGGUGUUAGCCUCCUCACUGAAAGAUAUGAGAACAACAAUAGCAGCCUGGAGAUGACCAAGCAAAAAGAAGAAUCAAGGUGUAUUGACAAAAUUCUUAGUGGCAAAUUAUCACCAACCAUAAGAAGAAAAUGCUCAAACAUGGUAUCAGAGCUGACCAAGGGCUGGAAACAGAUGGAACAAGGGGAAAAAGAGGGGGCUAAGGAAGAACUGCUGCUUAAAUGUCAUGAUGACAGCCUGGAUGCAGGGGACAGUGGCUAUGGGGAAGCAGAGCAAGAAGACAGUGACCGAGAGGUGAUGGCUGUGAAGAUUAAACGGCCUGUGCCAUCUAUCACAAGCAGGUUUAGUGAAGAAGCACGCAGCACAGCCCACAGGAAAUACAGCCCUGUGAACAGCCUGAAGGACAAAUGGCAAGAGUGGGCCGACCAGCACAUCAUGACACAGAAGCUGAACCCCUUCAGUGAGGAAUUUGACCACGAGCUGGCCAUGUCCACGCGCCUGCACAGAGGGGACGAGGGCUAUGGCCGGCCCAAGGAAGGAACCAAAACUGCUGAACGGGCCAAGAGAGCCGAGGCCCACAUCCACCGGGAGAUCAGGGACAUGUGCUUCAUCAUUGAAUCCAUGGCCAAACCACGGCCCGACGGCAAGAUCCAAGUCACUUUUGGGGAACUCUUUGAGAGAUACGUUCGUAUUUCAGAUAAGGUUGUUGGGAUUCUUAUGAGAGCCAGGAAACAUGGGCUGGUAGACUUUGAGGGUGAAAUGUUAUGGCAAGGAAGAGAUGAUAAUGUCAUAAUUACAUUAUUAAAGUAA